AUGGCUGGACGGUUUGCAGGAGCCCUUCUGCUCGUCGCGGGUCUGGUUGGGGCCAUGGACAGUGAGGUGGAGGACCUCUUCCGCCGCUUCGCUGGACUCACCCACAAGGCCGUGGAUCCGUUGCACGACGUGAAGCUCCCGAGCUUGGACGGUGUGCAGGCUGCCUUCACUCAUUUGGACGAGGACUCCAAUGUUUCUUUUGAGGAUCAGGCCAAGGAGCAAGUGGCCGCCCUGGUGAACGCUGGGAGGAACUUGGAGAAUGAUGAGGGCGUGGAAGACAGCCAGUCUUUCUUGGAACGCGGGCAGACUUGCAAGAGGAAGUGCCAGAAGAAGAUGAAGAAGCACUUGGGCAAUACUUGCGAACACCUGGAGUUCCGUCUUGAGCAUGCCCAGAAGGUGGAACAUGACCAUCUCAUUGAAUCCGUGAAGAACGCCUUAAGCGUUUGCAAGCAGAGUGCGAAGCAUCAUGCUGAGUACUGCAAGUGGCAAUGCUGGCGUGAGGAGCUGUGA